AUGAUAGAAAAAAAUAUAAGAGGUCCUAGAAGUGAGAUACAACAUUUGUUUAAGCUUAUUGAGGAAGCAGGUUAUGUUUAUUGGAGUAGAAAAAGAGAUGACUCUGAAGUAAUUAGAGAUAUCUUUUGGGCUCGUCCAGAUUCAGUUAAGUUGUUGAAUAUUUUUCCUAUUGUGCUAGUUAUGAACAACACUUACAAGACAAACAAAUAUAGGCAACCUCUGUUUGAAAUAGUUGGCAUGACAUCAACCGAGUUGACUUUUGCUGUCGCAUUUGCCUAUAUUGAGUCUGAGCAAACUGAGACUUUUUGUUGGGUGCUAGAUAAGCUUAAACAAUUGUUUGUGAAGAAAGAGAUGUGUCCACAAGUGAUUUUGACAGAUAGAGAUCUUGCUUUAAUAUCUUUUGGGCUCAUCCAGAUUCAGUUAAGUUGUUGA